UGAUAUAAAAUUUUAUUUUUAGGUAUAAGAAACCAGAAGAAAGAGGACCUCUUAAUGAAGCAAUGCACAUGUUAUUGCCAAUGAUAUAUCAGCGUUGUCUACAACUUCUUGUGGAUGUAUCUGAAGCUUCAGUUCUGUUGCAAAAGCAAAUAUUAAAGAUUUUUUUUGCAUUAGUUCAGUAUUUUUUACCAUUAGAUUUGAUUUCAAAGGAAACGUUUGCACAGUGGAUGGAUUUAUUUCGUACAAUAGUUGACAGACCAGUUCCUGAUAUAUGGAAUUUUAAUCAGAUAUUUAAAAAAUUGUAUAAGAGAGAAUUUUCCAAAACGUAUGGCAGUCCUAAUAAAGUUAGUAAAGAAUACAGAGAAUUUGCUGAUUAUUAUUUGCAUGCCUUCUCUGGAGGAAUACUUGAAGUUAUGUUAAAAGUGCUUUUAAUGUAUAAACAAAAAUUAUUUGUAUCAUCCAGAGUUCUUCAACAAGCACUUAACUACAUUAAUCAAGCUGUUAACCAUGCAUUUUCUUGGAAAUUCCUUAAAGUACACAUGAUGCCCAUUAUUCAAGAUGUAAUUUUUCCUUUAAUGUGCUAUACAGAUCAAGAUGAAGACUUGUGGAAUACAGACCCUCAUGAAUAUAUACGUCUCAAAUUUGAUGUGUUUGAAGAUUUUAUUUCUCCAGUGACUGCAGCACAAUCAUUAUUACAUUCUGCUGUAAAAAAACGGAAAGAAAUUUUACCAAAUUCUAUGGGAUUUGUAAUGUCUAUCUUAACAGAUCCUAAUUCUAAUCCUAGACAAAAAGAUGGUGCAUUACAUAUGGUUGGAACAGUUGCUAACAUAUUAAUGAAGAAACCAGUUUUCAAAGAACAAAUGGAAACCAUGCUAGUCACAUAUGUAUAUCCUGAAUUUGAGAGUCCUCAUGGUUUUAUGAGAGCAAGGGCUUGUUGGGUUUUACAUUACUUUAGUGAAAUCAAAUUUCAAAAUGAAACAAAUUUAAUUCAUGCAUUAGGUUUAACCCAGCAUUGUUUAUUAAAUGAUAAAGAUAUGCCUGUAAAAGUUGAAGCUGCAAUUGCAUUACAAAUGCUUAUUACCAAUCAAGAAAAAGCAAAAAGAUACAUAGAACCUAAAAUCAAACCAAUUGCUUUAGAAUUAUUAAAUAUUAUGAGAGAGACAGAAAAUGAUGAUUUAACAACUGUGAUGCAGAAAAUUGUUUGUACAUAUUCUAAAGAAUUAAUGCCAAUUGCUGUUGAAAUGACUCGACAUUUGGUAAGGAUUUUUCAGAAUUAUACAAGUUCAAAAUGUAUUUACAUUAUUUUAAAUUUGUUUUUAAUAUUUUGUAAGUAAUUAUAAUUUGUGAUA